AUGAUCAUGGCCGGGAACGGGAUCGCCAAGUACCGCAAAUCUGAACUACAGCAGCUUGAGAACAUGCUACAGCGACUUACGCCUUGGCCUUCACAGGCCUCUGAGCAGACGACUCUAGUAGACGAGGGACGCCAAACGCAGCCCCCGGAUGACACGAGUCCCCAAGACACGGUGGUCUCGGCCAUGGCCUCGGAACACUCACAGCACGAGAGCUACUCUUCUUCUAUCCCGGGGAACAUGGAUGAGAUGGCUUAUGAUAGCGGGCUGACUAUGGCGCAAUUACUGGAUAUGGCCAACUCUAUUGAACAGGAAGAUUCAGAGUGGAUGUCUCAGACGAUAGUGGAACAUAGCAUUUGGUAG